AUGAAGCUGUUCCAAGUGACGAUUCCAAACGACCAGCAUCACAAGGUCGUGACAGUGCUGCAAGACGACCUGAACCUGGAGAACGUCACGAGCAUCGAAGCGCGGACGUCGUCGAUCAAGCUCGGCGUGGGCGUCCAGUUCGGCUUCUGUGACGUCAUGUCACCCACUACGGCGGGGUCCAAGAACUCAAUGCGAUCGAGGCGCGGCAUCUUCCAAAAGGCCAGCGAUGUGCCCGCCAUUCCUGUCGCAGAGAUCUACGCACACAUAGAAGCCAGCACAACGCUCUCCCGCGAUUCUAUCGGGAUGCUCUUCAUCUCGUCGUAUGGGUUCCAUAGCUGGCAUGGUCUCGCCGGUGACUCCCCCACUUGCGUCGUCGCGUCCAUGUUGUUGUCCCCACUCAUGGUCGGUCCCAUUCUCGGCUGCUCGUUUGGCUACACCAUCCGCGACCGCAAUAAAGUUUCUGAACGGCCUCUUCAACGAACUCUCUGCAUUGGGUGCGCCAUUACGUUUCUACUGGGCAGGCUGGUGGGCAUAGUCUUGGUGCCCUAUGCGGACGAUGUGAAGUGGCCGACCGUGGAGAUGAGCUCCCGGGGUCAAGCCGUGUCGCUCAUCUUUGGGGCGAUGGUCGCCGCCUUGUCCGGGGCGGGGGUCGCGCUCGCCGAGUCGAACGCCAACAUUUCGUCCGUCGUCCCCCACCGUCAACUGUAG